AGCUCAGUUGACUACAUCACUUCUGAUGAGGCAUUGCUUCAGAAUGAGGGGUUCUGUAGCUUUGCUGGUGAUGCUGUUCUGUCUGCCUGGGGGCAUGGGCUCAGGGAGAGAGAGUGAUAUCCCUCAACAGGGUAACAGUGACGGGGGAGAGAGCAGGGAGAAUGAUGUUCAACAGUUGACCACCCAGCCUGACAUCUGGACUGAGCUGAAGGAGCUCAGAUACAUGGUGGUGGAACAGAGAGUGGAGCUGAGGUACAUGGGAAACAGACUGACAGCCAGUGAGAGCCAGGUGGAGACGCUGAAGAGACAGAACGCAGCUCUGGAGGCCAGACUGACAGCCAGUGAGAGGGAGGUGGAGGAGCUGGAGAGAGAAUGCAGAGUGGCCAAGGUGGCAUUCUCUGCUGCUUUAGAUAGAACAGUGGGACCCUUCAAUACUGAAACCACGUUGGUCUACUCCAAUGUCAUUACAAACAUCGGCCAAGCAUACAGCCCAAUUACAGGUGUCUUCACAGCACCAGUGAGAGGAGUCUACUACUUGAGAUUCACUGCACAGGAUAUGCGUAGUCCUGUUAACCUGGGCGUACUCUUGUUCAAGAAUGACCAGGGUAUUAUGAAGACAUAUCAGUGGAAUGGUCAAGGAGGCCAUGAGAAUGUAUCCAAUGGAGUGACUCUAGAGCUGGACAUUGGAGACUUGGUUUACUUGCGCCUACCCUAUAACUAUAGGCUCUUUGAGCAAGAUGGCAAUAAUUACAACAUAUUCAGUGGUUUCCUGCUCUUCCCUAUGUGAGUGGGAACACCACAAACACUGUAUUAAGCCAAAACUAUAUUUAGACAUGGGUACUCAGAGCCAAUUGUUCCCGAAUUAAUUGUACAUGAUCAUUUGUAUUAUUUAGUAUCACUGUUUAAUCUUAUUGAUGAACAUACCCAGGAUGUGAAUUGUAUGUCUGUAAUGGUACUGAUAAGGAUCCGUCCCCUUUUUUCACCGAAAAUGACAUACCCAAAUCUAACUGCCUGUAGCUCAGGCCCUGAAGCAAGGAUAUGCAUAUUACUGGUACCAUAUGAAAGGAAACACUUCGACCUUUGUGGAAAUGUGAAAGGAAUGUAGGAGAAUAUAACACAAUAGAUCUGGUAAAAGAAAAUACAAAGACAACUGUUCUUUUGUAAAAAUAAAUUGUACCAUCAUCUUUGAAAUUCAAGAAAAGCCAUAAUGUAUUAUUCCAGCCCAGGUCCAAUUUUGAUUCUGGCCACUAGAUGGUAGCAGUGAACGUGCAAAGUUUCAGACUGCACCAAUUGCAUUUCUGUUCAAUUUCUUUUUAUCAAGACUGCUCAAAUGUGCCUACUUUGUUGAUUAUUAACUUUAUAUUCAAAAUUGUGCACUCUCCUCAAAAGAAUAGCAUGGUAUUCUUUCACUAUAAUAGCUACUGUAAAUUGGACAGUGCAGUUAGAUUAACAAGAAUUUAAGCUUUCUGCCAAUAUCAGAUAUGUCUAUGUUCUUGUUACUUACAACCUCAUGCUAAUCGCAUUAGCCAAUGUUAGCGCAACUGUCCCGUGGAUCCCGAAGAUGUUUUAAAGGUAGGGUUGAGGUUGUACUUUAAUUACAUGCAUUUUCCACAUUUUGUUACAUUAUAGCCUUAUUCUUUUUUUUUACAAUUCCCCUCAAAUCUACACACAAUACCCCAUAAUGACAAAGCAAAAACAGGUUUUUAGACAUUUUUGCAAACGUAUAUAUAAAGAAACAUCACAUUUACAUAAGUUUUCAGACACUUUACUCAGUACUUCGUGGAAGCACCUUUGGCAGUGAUUACAGCCUCGAGUCUUCUUGGGUUUGACCCUACAAGCUUGGCACACCGGUAUAUGGGGAGUUUCUCCCAUUCUUCAUCUACAGAUCCUCUCAAGCUUUGUAACUCACUGCCUGGAGCAGCAAACCAUUUUCAUUAACUGGUAGGUGUACCUAAUAAACUGAACACUGUAUAUGUUACAUGUGUUUUACGAUAAAGUGCA